AUGUCCGAACAACUGCAGAGACACAUGGUCAUCGCUUUAUCCUUCAACAGGAUAAAUGUAAAGGUAAUUUUCGAUUGUCUGAAAUGGAUUAAACAAGCUUGGGUCAGUGCACCUACCGGGCUUUUGGUCCGCCGAAUGGCAAACUCACUUCGGGCAGUCCUAUCUGUCACAACUACUGAUGGGAUUUUACCCUGUUUGGCUGCUGGUAAUAAAAUACCGCAGGAGUAUGAACAGGGUACACUUUCUCUGGAAAAAAGUACCAAACAAACAAAGGGUUUAAGAAAGCUUUUAAUGCAUCAAGAUUCCACUCUGUCAUCCGAAUCAGCUUCGACUAGACAAGAGAAUUCGGUGAAAUUCUUCCCUACAGCUGAUAGUGUUCUAACAACGCGGAUAGACAGUGUAAUUGAAUGCGCCUCAACAAUGUUUGGAAUGAGAUGGUUAAUCGAAUUCAUCAUCGACAGCAUGACAUUCGUGUUCAAUACCGAUGCUUCGCUGCCGUACAAUCAUGAUUCAUUUGAAAGCCUUAUUGUGAAGAGAAGAAUAAAGUUGUUAAGGGAAAGAACUUAUUGCUUACUACAAUCAUUCCGAGGCGCCUACACCUCGGGACGGAUGGGAAAUUUCUCUGAGAACUAA